AUCUAUCGUUACCCUUGGUGAAACGCUUGACAGACGAAACCAAAUGUUGAAUCACAAACGUUUUUGUGCAGUACAUAUGUGACGUUUUUUUCUAAAAAAUCUAAAAACAGGUUCUUUAAAAAAACAUCAAUAUAUUUUUUAACAUAAACGUGCAAACUUUCAUAAACAAAAUGGAGUGGGUUAUGUUAUCUUGUGUUCUGUGUGUUUUAAUAUGCAGUGUGAAUUGCCAAGAUGAGUUAGCCAUUGAGUUCUUCAUGCAAAGAGUGGACAAUUCUACGUACACAGUAACUGAGGCUAUGGUGGACAGUAGCAGCUUGGAAAGGUUGAACAUUGUGUGCAGGAUAAACAAUAUCCAAAAUAUUGCUGGGUUCAAUAACAUAAACAUUUACAGAGAAAACAAGAAUGGAAAUGUUGAACGCCUGGCUACCAUGCAGACUCGUUAUGCAGAACUCCCUGGGUAUCAAAGACCUGCACUAGUUCAAAGCAGUGCCACUAUGCAGGCUGUUGGUGUGUACAGUGAUAAGAAUCCGACUCUUGGAAUAUCAGUACCUGUGGCCUCUCUCACAUGCAAUGAUGGGCUUCUGUACAACUGCUCCCUUGCUUAUGACCAGAACAUAGGAGGCAUUCCACAAACAAAGACUUCCAUGGUGGUCAGAAACCUCACAGUGUCAGUCCAGCCUAAAGAAGUUCAGUUAAGGGCAUUCAACCAGUCAUCAUCAUUUCCGUUGGAAAUUCUCAACGACAUGGGAACAGUUUCCACCAAUAUGGCUCACUUUAUGAUUGGUCAAGUGGUUAAACUCACCUGCAAGGCAAAUCUUGGUACUCGCAGCAAUGGACUCAUCUUCUGGAGAAAGAGUAACUUUGUACCUGGCAGUGCGAUGGCCAACUACAUUCCAAACAAUAAUGAACGUGAAGAUGGUCAAGUUGUGGCCAAUGGUUGCCAGUUUGAGAAAACAAGCAUCAUGUACAACAUGACUGACCAGGAUGCGAUCAGAACAUCCAACAAUCCACUUCAGUUCCAGUGCUACAUAAGUGUUCCUGUCUCUUCUGCUCUUCUACCUGAGACCACAGUGAAGAAUUUCUACAUCAAAGUCCAUAAUGUGAAUGAACCAACCACAGGGGGCUUAGCUACAGCAGGCAGUGGCGACGCAGGAGUAAUUGCUGGGGCGGUCAUCGGGUCGCUGGUUGGCAUCGUGAUUAUAGUAUUGCUAGUAUACUUUCUGUGGUACAGACGCCGCGCGGCUGGAGACGACUACACGACUAAGGAAGAGCAGGGAGCCAGCAACCCCAAUCUGGCACCAGAGCCGCAAUACGCUCAAUCGACCAAAAAGGGUCAUGAGAACAGAGCGAUGGAUGAACGGACAGAUUCUUCACAUCGCUAUGCAAACGACUCCUACGAUAGGAAAGACAGGCACGACAGGAGCGAUAGGAAUGGUCAACGUGGGGUUGGUCGCAGGAAUCUUGCCCUGGAUGAUGACGAUGAAGAUUACCACAGCCGUGACGGCUCCCCAACCAUGAACCAUUCAACCCAUAUGGGCAUUGACCCAGAACACGGCGGUAUCGGCACAGGCGUGUAGAGGUGUUUACUAUUAUGUAUAUUGCAGCAACUGUCGACAAAAUGUUUCAAUAUCAUGCUAUUCAUGAUGUCAUCAAACAAAACAUUUUUCACAAUGGGGUCUUUGGGUUGAACGUGACAAAAUUGUUUUAUUCAGCAAAGUAGACAACAGAUCUUGUGGGGGCUGGGGGUCAAGGGGUGUGAAAAUGGUUCAGUUUAGCAAAGUGAGACCAAAAUAGUUCCUUUAUCAAAGGCAUACUGAUCAUGAUGCAAGUGAGAUGGCGUAUUUUGUAGGGCUGCCUCUGUGUGAAAAUAUGUUUGGCAAUGUGACAGUCAUUACAUAUACAAAAGCAGUUAAUUGUGUAAAGUAUCGCAGGGAACAUUUUGUAAAAUUAUUUCAUGACGUUUUUCCUGCAUCUAUCUUAUAAUAACAGCACAGUUUAAUGUCCAUUUACUGCGCACUAUUUGAAUGUUUGUUUUGUAAACAGAAUCGUAGUAUGUUUAAGUGUGCUAGUUUCUAAAAAAAUUAGUUUGUUUUAUAUUGUAAAAACAAAAGAAAAUGGAUGUUUAUGAUGAGGUUAAAUGACAAAUGUAUGGAACAUAGUUCAUGGUUUUGCUGUAUAAUAGACCAAAUUGUUGAAUACUUAUGGGUUAUUUUGAUGCUAAUAAUGUUUUGUUAAAUUAGAUUUUACUGUUAUUCUUUAUGGCUAUAGAUCCUGUGCAUUCAACUCUGCUGUUGAAUCUGCAGCAUUGAAAGUAACCUUACCAUUCAUAGUUACAAAAAGAAAGACAAUCCUGAUCAGACUGUGAUUGUCAUGCCCCACACCAAAUGACUUCAUCUUCUUCACUUAAACAAAGUGAAUGCGUUAUUAAUCUAAAUAGAUUUUAUUUCUAUACUUGUUAUAUGGGCAAUUAUUUUUGAAAAUAAAAUUUAAGUACGAAACAUUUUUUUUUCAAAGUGGGUGUCUACUUGCAUUUCUAACAUGUGUACAUAUCAGUGUUCUUCUAUGUGCUGUACAGAAGUGUAAUUUUGAUUCUAUAUUUUAGCCUUUAAGGUCAUGUCAACUACAAAAUGAAUAUAAACAGACAUGUUCAAAAUGCCUCAUUCCUUCAUAUGAAGUGGCAAGUGGAAAUGAAGGAUGUUUAAAGUUGGUGAAGGAAUCAUUCAGUAUUGGUCAUUUUAAGCUUUAAAAGCCCCAUGAAAUAUACAAAUGGGUUAUGUGCCUCAAAAAACGAGGUCAGGUCAAAUUUCAGAGAAUCUGUCUUUGUCAAUUUACAAACAAACCAAACUUGUAUGGCAAUUUGAAUGAAACUUAUUUAGAAUGUUUAUUUUGAGCCCAAGUUUGGUUAUGUGUGUGGAAAAAAGUAGGUCAUUAAGUCAAAUCUUAGAAAAACCAUGUAACUGGUAAAACCAUAUGAAUGACACAAUCUUAAUGAUUAAACAUGGUCAUGAUGUUUACCUUUACUAUUCAAAGGCCAUGUUUAAAUAUGGUUCAAGUGUGCUAAAAUCCGUGUCACUUUGUCAAAUCUUCGACAUUUGGUGUAUCAUGGCCCUCUUGUUUUAAAAGAAUGAUUGAAAUGUUAUAAACAUUCCCACAGAUGCCUGUUUAUUCAAGUUUUUAUAGAUAUGAGGAUGUAAAUAAAAUGAAACACAUAUCAGAAUGUAUCAUUUUUGUAAGAAAAGUCAAAAAUAUUUGUAUGCAUAUUUUUGUAUAUAGCAUUAACAUUUUACUGUUGUAUGUUGUUUAUAACUGCGCCUAUAGUUUAAUUUUAUACAAAUGAGAAACUUGUGUAUAUCAAAUCCAUAUUCUUAUAUUAUUAUUUUUACAUUUUAAUGGUUGAUUUUAUGUGAUUGUUUUCUGAUGUUUUAUUAAUGAGUAGUUCUUUUGUGAUGUUAUUGCUUUUAGUAUUUGUAUUGUUUUUUUUAGUUUGGCUGUGUGUGUGUGUGUGUUUCACAUUGAUAUCACAUAUUUUGGGCACUAUAUUGAUCUAUCCAAAUUCGACAUUGUUCUACCAGUGUAUGGAAAACAUUGUUUAUUUGUAUGAACUUUCUUUGUUUACAUUAAAAAAAAAAUUAGAUUUUAAUGUCAUGUUCAGAAAUUUGGUAUAGUUUGUAAAUAAAAAAAUCAGAAAUUGUUUCUUCUUCAUUUAUCGUGUACUGUGGCAAAUCUAUGUGUAUUGUGGUAUACUUUCAUUUCAAGGGGUGUUCAAUAUAAAGUUGUGUGAUAUUUUGAAAUUGUAAUUUUACGUCUCUUUGUCAGUACUAAACAUCACCUAGUGGGUAAUUACUAAUUAACUGUUACAAUUUUUUAUGUUUGUGCAUCAAUAUUAAUUUAAAUUAUAAGCUUCAGAAUUAGAUGUUGACUGCAAAUAAGCAAACAUGUAUUGCAGUGUUACCCCAAUUUAAGAUCUAAAUAUAGUUUAAUAAUGGCAGAUUUGAGGAUUUGUUUGUUUACUAUCUUGUUUAUCAUGUUUGCUUUAGCCAGAGACAGUGUCAUGAUCAAUAAAGUUUGUUUGUAUAGCCCUUGUGUGGUUAUCAAAUAGUAAACAAUGAUGCUGAUAAAAUUUCAAAGGGAAGUAAAUCUGCAUUUUUACAUACAGCAUGAUCUCAGGAUUGCCUUCUCUAAAAAAAUGUGCUUAUUUUGUUGUACUGACAUUUUUUCAACAUUCCUGCAUUAUUAUUAAGAAAGUCAUAUUUUAGUAUUUUUCUUUGAUAAUUGUGAAGGGCAGGGCUUCUAAAAACACAUUUGUUUUUCAGAAGUUUUUCUGAAAGUUCAAUGAAAUCCAUAUCAAACUGAAUAAAGUUAACCUAAAGUGCUAGUAUAAGUAUGUGAUCUUUAGAAUGUGACCUUUGUUGUUUUUUUUUAACAUUAGAUCAACUCUAUUAAAUUAGUUAACACUUUUAUACCACAGGGGGAAGUUGCGCAAAUAAUUUUUUUUUUAUACAUUUUUUUUUUUUUUUGCAACUUCCCCCUGUGUUUUAUACUUAGUAGUUAUAACAUAUGUCUUCUUAACACAUUAGAUCUAAUUCUUUAAUGGGUACAUUUAGCACUUUCAUAUGUAUGGGUAGUUAUCAUGCUAGUUGGCCUCUAGUGUUUGGUAUUUCAAGGUUGAAACAAGAUUAAGUGUGCUAUUUAAGCCAAUUUUUAUUUUAAUAGAAAUUGACCAAAUAUGCAGUGCAUACUUUUUAUCUUAAAUUGUACAGUUACUAGAACUUUAUUUUGGGUUUCUUUGGCAGUUCAUCUUCUAAGCCCUUUUACAGUGUCAGUCAAUUUAUUAGGUUCUUGAGGGAAAAUCUAUGUUUAAACAGAGAACUUUAUCUAGUUUGAUUUGUGGGGUAUUUGGAACAGAACUUAAAUCCGUGGAUGUAUUGCGUGUUAACGGUCAAAGCUCCAGUAAAGUCAUUUAUUUUACAAACAAUAGAGUAUACAUUUUGACCUUUUUAAUGCGGAGUAACAGUUGUUUAAAUUGCAUAUUGUUAUUUUUGAACAGGUAUUUAAAACUGUACCUGAUAAAAUGACAUCAGCAAGUAUCUAAGGGAAGAAAACAAAACAAUUGCCAUAUAAUGUUCUGUCCGCCUAUUUUAGUGCACAUAUUUGUAUAGUUAUAUGAAAUCACAUAUUCUAUUUUAUAUCAAUUAUAUAUUGUACAUUUCUAUAAUGCUUUGUAUACACCGACAUGUAGAGAAGUAACCAAACAAUAUAAGAUGCCUAUGUAUAUCCUAAAUACAUAUUUAAUCCACUUGGGAUUGUACUUUGGUUCAUAACAUACACAUUACAAAUUCGAAUACCAUACGAUAGAAUGACAGCGGCGAGCAAUCGCUAUAAUAAUAAUUAUUUGUAAUUCAUACUGAAAAAGUUGUUCAUGUUUAAAAUCCCCUUAUUCGUUGUAAUGAAUUGUUAAAUCUGUGGCAUCAUAUCUUGGUCUGUCGUAGCUUAUUAUGCACUUAUUUUAAUAAAUAUUUUAUUUAAUUUUUUGUUUACUCUGACACUUUAUUCGUCUGUAAUGCAUUUGUAAGCUAUUAGCACCAUAGAAUAUUAACUAGCAUUUCAUUCAAAAGGCUCAUAUCACCACCUUUUUGUGAUUGUUCAUUUCAGUUGGUUUAACUUUUUGAUCAUUUGAGUCGUGUUCUGAGGAAACUGGGCAUAAUGCAUGUGCAUAAAGUGUCAUCCCAGAUAAGCUUGUGCAGUCUGCACAGGCAAAUCAGGGACAACACUUUCCUCCUUAACUGGAUUUUCGUUUAGAAGAGACUUCCUUAAAACAAAACAUACCAAGCGGAAAGUGUCGUCCCUGAUUAGCCUGUGCGGACUGCACAGGCUAAUCUGGGAUGACACUUUAUGCACAUACAUUAAGCCCUGUUUCCUCAGAACACGACUCAUUUUAUAAUAUAUAAUUCAUCCUGAUAAUAUAACAUUUCGAAUUUUUGGUCCAAUAUCGGUAUAAGUGCACAAGCUUUUUACUGAUAAUAACAUUUUAUGUCAGAUGAGUGUAUAUUAUGCGUUUCCAGUUAUUUUCGUUUGCACAUUUUCUGUCUAUUUCUCGUCUUUCAUUCAUCAUCAACUGCUCAUCUUUGAUAUAUAAAACAAAUCACCAUUCCCUCAUGAUCUGUAUAUAACCUCUCUAUAAUAAAAACUCGAUGUAUAGA